CAAUUACAUACUUCGUAGAAAACCUACGUAUUAAUUUGCUCGCACUCGUUCUUUACGUGAACUAUAAUAACUUUAGUUGAUUGGACUUGUAUGAGAAUCUGACCACAUUGUAUCCAGGAUCUACAAGAAAAUAAACUGUGAAAGAAAUGUUUGGCUUUGGUGCUAAGAAGUCAGAACCUGAACCUGCAUAUUCUGUAGAGCUUGAUUCUGGAACUCAUGAUGUCAUGCCUAGCAGUCCUAUAAACUUCAGUGAAUCUUCGUCUGCAUCUGAUGAUGCAGAACUCCAGAGACACCUCAUGCGAGAACAACAAAGGGCACAAUUUCAAGAACAAAUAAAUAAGUUCAAUGAUAUUUGCUGGGAGACGUGCAUCGACAAGCCCAGCAGCAGAUUGGAUAGCAAGACCGAAACAUGUAUAGUUAACUGUGUAAACAGAUUUAUUGAUUUGAACUUGUUAUGUGCACAACGAUUUGCCCAAAUGCUCCAGCAACAAGGGGGUUUCUAAUCCAUUGUACAAGUUAUAAAAGAAUAAAUUACUGGUAGUUUA